AGGCCACUCACGAGGUUGCUCCUUUCUCAGCCAGCACCGCUGCAGAGGUUGCGUGCGUGGCUUUGAUGGACUGGUAAAAUUUCUUAAAAUUUAUCAAAGUCAGCCAAAUUUUAGUUUUGCUAAAACGUCACCGACAUGCCGGCGUAUUUUCAGCGGCCAGAGAAUGCUCUGAAGCGGGCGAACGAGUUUCUUGAGGUUGGCAAGAAGCAGCCAGCCUUGGAUGUUUUAUACGAUGUCAUCAAAAGCAAGAAACAUCGAACAUGGCAGAAGAUCCACGAGCCCAUUAUGCUCAAAUAUCUGGAGCUCUGCGUGGAUCUCCGCAAGAGCCAUCUGGCCAAGGAGGGUCUCUACCAGUAUAAGAACAUCUGCCAGCAGGUGAAUAUCAAAUCUCUGGAGGAUGUGGUUAGGGCCUACCUGAAGCUGGCAGAGGAGAAGACUGAGACAGCCAAGGAAGAGUCCCAGCAAAUGGUCCUAGACAUCGAGGAUCUGGAUAACAUCCAGACCCCAGAAAGCGUGCUCCUGAGUGCUGUGAGUGGAGAGGACACUCAGGAUCGUACUGACCGCCUGCUCCUCACUCCAUGGGUGAAGUUCUUGUGGGAAUCCUACCGCCAGUGCCUGGACCUGCUGAGAAACAACUCCAAGGUGGAGCGUCUGUACCAUGACAUUGCACAGCAAGCAUUCAAGUUCUGCCUUCAGUACACCCGCAAGGCAGAAUUUCGCAAGCUGUGUGAUAACCUGCGCAUGCAUCUGGGUCAGAUCCAGCGCCAUCACAACCAGAGCACUGCCAUCAAUCUGAACAACCCUGAAAGUCAGUCCAUGCACCUGGAGACACGUCUGGUGCAGCUGGACAGCGCUAUAAGCAUGGAGCUCUGGCAGGAAGCGUUCAAGGCUGUUGAGGACAUCCACGGCCUGUUUGCUCUUUCCAAGAAGCCUCCCAAACCACAGCUGAUGGCCAACUACUACAACAAGGUGUCUACUGUAUUCUGGAAAUCUGGCAAUGCUCUCUUCCAUGCGUGCACCCUCCACCGGCUCUAUCAUCUGUCCAGGGAGAUGCGAAAAAAUCUGACCCAAGAUGAGAUGCAGAGGAUGUCUACCCGAGUCCUCCUGGCUACACUGUCUAUUCCCAUCACCCCUGAGCGUACUGAUAUUGCUCGGCUGCUGGACAUGGAUGGCAUUAUUGUCGAGAAGCACCGUAGGCUGGCCACCCUCCUGGGCCUGCAGUCCCCACCAACCCGCCAGAGUCUCAUCAAUGACAUGGUGAGAUUUAACUUGCUGCAGUAUGUAGUAUCUGAAGUGAAAGAACUUUACAACUGGCUUGAGGUCGACUUUCAUCCUCUGAAGCUGAGCGGGAGAGUCACCAAGGUGUUGAACUGGGUGAGAGAUCAGGCUGAGAAGGAGCCUGAUCUUCAGCAGUAUGUCCCACACCUGCAGAAUAACACCAUCCUGAGGCUCCUGCAACAGGUUGCGCAGAUCUAUCAAAGCAUCGAGUUCAGUCGUCUGGCCUCCCUGGUACCGUUUGUGGACGCCUUCCAGUUGGAGCGCUCCAUUGUAGAUGCUGCACGGCAUUGUGAUCUCCAGGUCCGAAUAGACCACACCUCUAAAACUCUGAGCUUCGGCUCUGACCUGAACUACUCGACCAAAGAGGAUGCUCCUGUUGGCCCUUUCCUGCAGAACAUGCCCUCAGAGCAGAUAAGGAACCAGCUGACUGCCAUGUCUGCUUCUUUGGCUAAAGCCAUACAGAUCAUCAAGCCUGCCUCUAUCCUGCAAGAGCGAGAGGAGCAGAACCAACAGGCCAUCGCUGCCUAUCUGAAAAAUGCCCGCAAGGAUCACCAGCGCAUCCUGGCUCGUAGACAGACCAUCGAAGAGCGAAAGGAGCGCCUGGAGAGCCUAAACAUUCAGCGUGAGAAGGAGGAGCUAGAACAGCGGGAGGCUGAGAUGCAGAAGGUUCGCAAAGCUGAGGAGGAGCGUCUGCGGCUGGAGGCCAAAGAAAGGGAGAAGGAGCGGAUCAUGCAGGAGCACGAGCAGAUCAAGAAGAAGACUGUCCGUGAACGUCUGGAGCAGAUCAAGAAGACUGAACUUGGAGCAAAGGCUUUCAAGGAUAUCGACAUUGAGGACCUGGAGGAACUGGACCCUGACUUCAUCAUGGCUAAACAGGUGGAGCAGCUGGAAAAGGAGAAGAAGGAACUUCAGGAGCGUCUGAAGAACCAGGAGAAGAAGAUUGACUACUUUGAGCGGGCAAAGCGCCUUGAGGAGAUUCCUCUUAUCAAAAAAGCUUAUGAGGAGCAGCGUGUCAAGGAUAUGGAACUGUGGGAGCUCCAGGAGGAGGACAGGAUCAAUAACAUGAAAAUUGAACGGGAGAAGGCUCUGGAGCACAAGAAGCGCAUGUCCAGGAUGGUGGAGGACAAAGAAAACUUCCUAUCUAAAAUAACAGCUGCUCGGAGCUUCAUUUAUGAGGAAAAACUGAAGGCUUUCCAGGAGCGCUUGGUAGAGGAGAGGAAGAAGCGCCUGGAAGAAAGGAAGAGACAGCGCAAAGAGGACCGGCGUAAUGCUUACUACCGUCAGAAAGAGGAAGAGGCGCAGCGUAUUCAUGAGGAGCAGCUCAAGAAGGAGCGUGAAGAGCGUGAACGCUUGGAACAAGAGCAGCGAGAGGAGGAGGAGAGGGAGUACCAGGAGCGUCUGCGCAAGCUCGAGGAGCAGGAACGAAAGCAGCGUGCUCGUCAGCAGGAGAUCGAGGAUCGAGAACGACGCCGUGAGGAGGAGAGAAGGGGCCCACAAGAGGAGAAACCCAAAGACUGGGGUGAAAAGGAGGACGGAGCAUGGAGACGGCGCACAGAGGGAGGUGAAUCAGAUUGGCGUCGGCCCGCGCCAGACAGGGACUGGAGACAGGAAGGCCGAGAAGAAGACAAAGAGGACAAAGAGUUGCCCUUCAAACGAGGAGAUGGUUCUCGCAGAGGUGGAGAUGACAGAGGACCCCGUCGGGGCUUCGAAGAUGACCGAGGCCGGCGCGGUGGUGAUGAUGACCGCCCGCCACGCAGAGGGGAUGAUGACCGCCCUCCACGCAGAGGGGAUGAUGACCGCCCUCCACGCAGAGGGGAUGAUGACCGCCCUCCACGCAGAGGGUUCGACGAUGACCGUGGUCCAAGGCGUGGUGGAGAUGACGACCGUGGUCCAAGGCGCGGCUUUGAUGACGACCGUGGUCCCAGGCGUGGCUUUGAUGAUGACAGAGGUCCUCGUAGAGGCAUGGAUGACUCCAGGGGUCCCAGGCGUGGAGCUGAUGAUGACUGGGGCCCCAGAAGAGGAGAUGAUGACAGAGGUGGAAGGAGAGAGAGAGGCAUGGAUGAUGGGCCACGUCGUGGUGGUGAUGACGCCAAACCCUGGAAGCCCCUGGGCAGACCUGGUGGCUGGCGUGAGCGGGAGAAGGCCAGAGAGGAGAGCUGGGGACCUCCCCGUGGUGGCCCUCAUGAUGAUGAAGAUGACGGUGAAGGAGACGAACGAUCCGGCGAACGCUUCAGAGACCGUCGUCCUCAGAGAGAGGAAAAUACCUGGAGGAGAGGAGGCACUGAUGAUGGGAGCAGCAGCUGGAGGGAGUCUCGCAGAGAGGACGCAGACCGCGACGAUCGCCGUGAUCGUGAUGAUCGCCGUGACCGCGACGACCGUCGUGAUAGAGACCGCCGCGAUAGAGACCGCCGCGAUGAUCGUGAACACAGGGGCCCACCCAGAGAUCAGGAUGAUGCAGGUGGUUCUUGGCGUCGCGGAGGUGACGAUAAGCGUGAGGAGCGUGACAGGGACCGUCACAAAGACCGGGAACGCGAUCGUGACACUGAUGGAGAAAAGGGCUGGCGUACCGACAAAGAGAACCCUCGCCGCACCAAGAACGAGACAGAUGAUGAUGGUUGGACCACCGUUCGCCGCUGAGCAUCAGCUUCUGCCUGACUCAAUAAAAUGGAUUUAAAUAAAAAAAAAAAAUAUUAAGUACCACAUCACCCAGUUGGCCGCAGUGCUUAAAAAUGCGUUAUUCCUUUGAUUUAUUUGUAGAAUGUAGUUUUCCUGGGGAUUUAUUUUAUCUUUAUUUUGACCUCCUGCAGUUUUGAUCCAGAAGUUCCUGACCUUCUAAACACCAUUAACCAAUGAACUUGAGUUCACUUAGGCCUCAGUGAAACAUUAUACUAACCCUCAGUGGUUAGAAAUGUUUUUACCUUAGUGAAGUUAAUCUGACUUAAGUGAAAACCUAUGUACCUGCUCCAAUGUUCAAUGCAAACUCAGUGUACCACCAACUGCCUCUUUGAAGUGACUGUACUUUGCAUAGAUGUUCUAUUAUGGCACAGAUCUACUCCUAUAACAGCAGUGACUAGGAAUCUGUCACCUGGUUCAAAUUGUUAAAGAACUAGUGGAAAUUACAUUUUGUUGUGCAUGCUUAGAGUAUUCAAAUGAUCCAGCUUCAUAUCCAGUGUGCUUCUAUCUUGCUGCAAUCGACGGUAUCACACCAGGUUGCAUGUGUACAGAUAAAGCCUUUAUUAAUAAAGAUAUUGCUCACCA